AUGACUGCCCCCAAUUCAACCGGAGUACCGAUCAUUGAUAUCCGCGGAGACCAGUCGGAUGACUUCCUCCUCGAGACGCUGCGUCGCUCUCUCAAUCCUCCCAGGGGCCAGCCGCGCACGUUUCCGACCUUGCUGCUCUAUGAUGAAAAAGGGUUGAAGCUCUUUGAGGAAAUCACCUACCUGGAUGAGUACUACCUCACCAAUGCCGAGAUUGAGACUCUCCAGACGCAUGCCAACGACAUUGCCGCACGGAUCCCGGAUGGUGCCCGACUUGUGGAACUUGGGAGUGGCAAUCUUCGCAAGGUGAACAUCCUUCUGCGGGCCUUUGAGGCAGCGGAAAAGAGAGUCGAUUAUUAUGCAUUGGACGUCUCUCUUUCCGAGUUGAAACGCACCUUCGCCCAAAUUGACACUGAAGCCUACCAAUAUGUCACCCUCCAAGCGUUGCACGGUACCUAUGAUGAUGCUUUAUCCUGGCUGGCCCGGUCCGGCGCUGAUGGCAAACCCACCUGUCUCUUGACAUUGGGCUCUUCGAUAGGCAACUUUUCGAGAGAAGGCGCUGCCGAAUUUCUGGCCUCGUUCAAGAGGGUACUGGGGUCGUCUGACUUCGUCCUAGUUGGUCUGGACUCAUGCCAGCAACCUGACCGUGUUUUCCGCGCCUACAACGAUAGUGAAAAUGUCACCAAGAGGUUUUAUCGAAAUGGCUUGACCCAUGCCAACAUCCUUCUGGGCUACGAGGCUUUCAAGCAGGACGAGUGGGGACUCAACACCAUGUACAACGAAAAGUUGAACAAGCACGAGGCAUUCUAUGUCGCCUUGCAGGACAUCAAAACUCCAGACUUCUCGAUUGUAAAGGGCGAACAGGUUCACUUCGAAGACUCUUACAAAUAUUCCGAGGCUGAAAGUGACCGGCUUUGGCACGCAGCAGGUCUGAUCCUUCAAUGUGCUUACGGGAAUAAGGUAAACAACUAUUUCAUCCAUCUGCUGUCACCCGCCGCCAUCAACUUCCCGAUCAAGCCUUCAGAGUAUGCGGCUGCUCCAAUCCCGUCCUUGAAUGACUGGCGACAACUCUGGGCUGCUUGGGACGUGGUUACAAAGUCGAUGGUGCCCAGAGAUGAAUUGCUGAACAAGCCGAUCAAAUUGCGAAAUGAUCUCAUUUUCUAUCUUGGUCAUAUUCCCACAUUUGCAGACAUUCACUACACCAAGGCCACCGCCGAUAAGCCGACGGACCCUGCCGUCUAUGCGUCUAUUUUUGAACGAGGCAUCGACCCAGAUGUGGACAAUCCUGAGGUGUGUCAUGACCACAGCGAAAUCCCAGACACAUGGCCUCCCCUGAAAGAAGUCCUGGACUAUCAGCACCGUGUGCGGACACGCAUUGUCGACAGUCUAUAUUCUAGCAGGGCAUAUACCGAUCGCAAACUCGGCCGUGCUCUUUGGCUUGGCUAUGAGCACGAGGCAAUGCAUCUAGAAACGUUUCUAUAUAUGCUGCUUCAAAGUGAGCGAGUGCUGCCACCACCCGGGCAGGAAAGGUCGGAUUUCGAAGCGCUGGCGUCGCAAGCCCACUCGAAGCGUGUGCAGAACCAGUGGAAUCGAAUCCCAGCAAGGAAACUCAAGAUUGGCCUUGACGAUCCCGAGAAUGAUCUAGGUCCGGAUCGGUAUUUCGGCUGGGAUAAUGAACGGCCUGCGCGCACUGUGUUAGUGAAGGACUUCGAGGCCCAGAGUCGACCUAUCAGUAAUGGCGAAUAUGCGCGUUUCCUCGAAGUCACCCACAAGGACUCUCUUCCAGCAUCGUGGACAGUCUCCAAAGUGAAUCGAACUGUCAACGGAACUAACGGGACUGCUGGGAUGGACAGUACCAAUGGGGCUAACGGCCAUUCCGCUGCCAUCCUUGACAUGGCCAGCUCUUCUUUUACCGAGGACAAAGCUGUGCGCACGAUGUAUGGACUUGUUCCUCUCAAAUACGCCCUGGACUGGCCUGUGAUGGCAUCGUACGAUGAACUGGUGGCCUAUGCAAAUUGGUCGAAUGGACGCAUUCCAACCUUUGAAGAGGUGCGAAGUUUGUAUCAAUUUGUCCAGGAAGAGAAAAUCAGCGUGGAAAAGGUUCCUAGCGUCUUGAUCUCGGCGGUGAACGGGCAUCUUUCAAACGAAGGGGUCGAAGAGACGCCGCCAUCCAACCCUUCCUCGUCCAAGAGCACUGUCGCCGAUCGCGAUAGUACUACUGACCCGGAUGACCUCUUCAUCGACUUGUCUAACCGUAAUGUCGCAUUUCGUCAUUGGCAUCCGACGCCUGUGACAGGUGACGGCGAGCGGCUCUGCGGACAAAGCGACGUGGGCGGCCUGUGGGAGUGGACCAGCACGCCGUUGGCGGCCCACCAAGGCUUCAAAGCUAUGGAUCUGUACCCAGGCUACACGGCCGAUUUCUUUGAUGGCAAACACAACAUCUGUUUGGGCGGUAGCUGGGCCACCGUGCCGCGCAUUGCGGGCCGCAAGUCCUUCAUCAACUGGUACCAACGGAACUAUCCGUAUGUAUGGUGCACUGCCAGGCUGGUCAGAGAUGUCGCCCCUUGA